UCCAAGCAACUGAAACCUGGGGACUUUGUGAUAAGGUGUCGGGCUGUAGACGCGGGAGCCCAAGGAACGCAAUUAUGGACAACAAAAGCUCCGUGCUCUACCUCGCCACAUUUGAAGCCCCGUACCCUGUGCAGGUGCUCAUACUCAGCCUGUGCCUUACGAUGUACCUAACUAUAACUGCCGCCAAUCUGCUGGUGCUCGUGACGGUGGCGGUGUCCACAGACUUACACAAGCCCAUGCACAUAUUUCUGUGCAAUCUUGUGAUUGGCGACAUCAUUGGCAGCACAAGUGGCGUGCCCAAGCAACUACAGGUCCUCCUGACGAGCAACAGAGAGAUCCUGUACGUGUCAUGUGUCGCACAGAUGUUCACACUUCACAUAUUCGCCAUGAAUGAGAUUUUUACAUUGGCUAUGAUGUCUGUUGAUCGCUACCUGGCUAUCUGCUACCCAUUGCACUACCAUACCAAGGUUACAUUAAAGCGAUCCAUUUUCCUGUCAUUACUGUCUUGGCUGAUUGCAAUAGUUGCAGUCGGCGUUCAAGUGAUCCUCAUUCUUCAAGUUAAAUUGAAGGAAAACUACAGACAAAUCCAGGGCAUAUUUUGUGACAAUAUGGGAAUUUCGAAGUUAGCCAUCGAUGACACAAGCAAAGUAGAAUCUUACGGAAUAUCAAUGAUUGCGAUGUACAUUAUCUCUCCUUUCUGUGUCAUUGCGUACACCUACAUUCGGAUUCUUGUUGAGUGCAAGAAUUCGAGCUCCUCCGAGUUCAGGGGCAAAGCCCUGCACACAUUCGGCACGCAUUUCAUGGCGCUCGCCGUCUUUUUCACGUCCGUUUUUUCGGACAUCCUUUUGCCGCGCUUUGUGAAGGAUGUGGACAGCGAGGGAGCGAGAAACUUCAGAUCCGCCGCUCAAUUGGUGUUCUUGCUCAGCCCGGUUGCGAACGUGCUCAUUUACUGCCUCCGCACGACUGAGCUGAGACUCACAAUUAGUACGCACUUCAAGAAGAUCUUGCGUAAGGUGCAUUUAUGUCCAGAAAUGAAAGUUCACGUUUUAGGUCGCGGUUGAAUGAUGCUUUAACACAAAAGCACAAACGUAAAAUGUUCAUGUAGGGAGUGCAAACUUGUAUUAGGUUACUAAGUGCACAUUUUCUGAAACAUUAUACUCCAUGGUACCUAGCUUUCACGUUUUAGCUAACCUAUGAAAGUAAUUUUUGUCUGUCUGUCCAUCUGUCUGCCUGUGUGUGGCCGACACUUGCGAGCGAUUUGGCUCUUGAACCGUGGGGUUUAUGUUUAAAAAAAAGUACCCAGGUAGCACGCCAUAAGCCCCGUGUUGAGCCAGCGCUAUUCCGAUUUCGCGUCCGUCACCUUUAAAGAAGUUUAGCAAUUUAGUGCUAUUUUUAUUAAUUUAUUACGUUGCGCUUCUGAGCGCGCGUCAAAGCACGCAUCUGCGCAUGUGCGCCCCUACCAAGUCACACGCGUUCGGUGGGGGGGAAGGGGGGAAUUCUCAUUCGUGUGGACACUGUGCAAGGUAACACAAAGAUUUACAGCUCCCUUCAAACAUUUAUUACCAUGACUGUUUACGCAUAUUUUUAAUGGCAGGGAUUAAGCAAUGUUUGAUGAUAGUUACUCUACAUCAUUAGAUCUCCUUUGACAGUACCAAAAUAUAAUAUAAGUUUUCCCCUUUUUUCUGGCAACUAAGCUGAAAGCUUUUACAAGGAUUCAUGUCUGCAUUAACCACAAUAC